UUACCAUCAUCAAAAGAAAAAUUCACAUUGGUGCUCUCCAAAGAUCCUUCCAAUAAUUCCUAUUCCACCUCACCAGCGCUCGUCCUCACUUCCAGAAAAAAUGGCAAAAUCCAAAAAGAAGGGCGGUGGCGGGUGCCUUCCUGCGUGUUGUGCCAUUUCGAAAGAUGCCAGCAGAGAAACUAUUACUGCAGAGGUGGUUGUACAGGAAGACAAGGCUUCGAGUUAUGACAUAGACGCUAUAUAUGAUAUCACUAUCACAUCGACGAAAUACUAAAGUCCUACAAAUGGUAACCCACCUACUACAGGAACAAGUUGAAAUUGAAGCCUCAUCCGCGUUUUCCAUCUCUAAUACUCACCACCCGAAGAUAUCCCUAGCUCUACUCUAAAAACCAGCGUCCGCACCAUCGAUGCCUCGCAUGCAAACCAAAGACUUAAAACAACAAGAAAUAGCGCAGCUCAUGGACAUGGGAGGCGGGGAAGGGAACAUGACCGGGGAAGGUCUUGGAUGGCUCAAUCAUAUGGUAAUGAAGGACUUGGAUGGCUCAAUCACAUGGUAAUUUCACUAAGUAGUAUUGUUACUUGGUUGAAACCCUGAGAGGGCUGACAGCUUCUGCAACCUGAGUCAUAAUCAAGAACUUGAUAACUGCUACAACAACAUUCAGUUUCAGACCCCCACGAAAACCACUCUUGUCCUCCUCUAGAUGAAAACUCUCUGGCCGUACGUGAACAAGGCAGUCCUAAAACUGCUCAAAGAUGAGGUCGAACCAACGCUACAAGCCCAGUUACCUAUGGGAUUGAACACGCUGAAGAUCACAAGUUUCCUUAAGGCUACCGCUAAAGCAUCCGCAACACCAUCCUUGGGCUUUUUUCUAGUCGAAAAUGGAGCCAAGUCGAAUUGACUAAGGGACGACUGUGCGGACGCGGUUGCUCUAAUUGUCACCUAGGAGACGACGCGCCAGUAUUAGGACCAAUAAGCGCGUAUCGGAAGGACAAACAAGACCUAAAAGGCUUCGAAAUCGAUAUUUUCAUAAGCUGGAGACCAAAAUGCGACAUCACCUUCAGUGUAAUGAAGAUGAAACUAGGUACAAGUCAACGUCUAGGUCUACUUCACUACAAUUUUGCUUCGAUCUUCUACUUCAGGUUAUCCGGAGCUAGUACGUUUGCUUGUAGUUUUCCGAAAUGAAAAUAAGUACCGCCAAUUAUGAUUUCCGAUUCAGACAGUUCAGCUUUUUAUCAACUACAUCUUCUUCCAGUACAUCAUAGUGAAAGGUUUCAAACAUCCACGACCACGACAACCUUCACAUCCACAACUCCACAAUCGCUCCACACCAGGUCUAAAAUCCCUUGUAAUCGAGGGCUCGGUGUCUCUAGUUUUCCGACCAUUGCUAGAGCAGAUGCCGGUCAUAGGAGGUUUCCAGCUGUUCAUGAUAAAUCCACCUGUCGUCGAUGUGAACUUUUCGGGAGCAGCCAACAUUGUUGACUUUCCAGUCUUAGCAGGGACGAUCAGGAACAUAAUUAAUGGAGCAAUUUGUGUUACGGCUUUAUUCCCUAAAGUUGUUGUCGAUCUUGAUAUUGUUGAUCUUGAUGGAUAUUGUUGCAUUUGCAUGCUAGCUACAGCUUGCAACUUUAUUUUGUAGUCAUCUCGUCUGUGGUGCCACUUCAUCUUCAUCAUUCAUUGUCUGGGCUGGAUGGUCCCUAAGGGUUCAACAAUGACCACGAUCUGUGAAAGGAACUAACACGUCCAGCACACUCACUCUCCUCUGCUACCUUUCCUCCGCUACCACCUCUCCUCUCCUCCUCUAAUCGGUACUCUCUGGUGCUGCCAAACCGGAUUUUUAUACCAGUUGCGGACGAGGCAGACAUGGACAUGCCAAGAUUGUCCUUUCCGAGACCUGAAGCAGUUUUGAGGUUCCGUCUGUACAGUGGGAAAGCUCUCCUAGCAAAAGACUUCAACUUCUGGGGUGCAGCGACGAGCGAUCCUUAUGCAGUAGUAAAAGUUGGAGCGAGAAAUAGGGCAAAAUCAUGUUGAAAUGUAGACUGACCACUUCCAAUAAAUAUGACUACCAAUUCUUGAGAGAAAACGCCUUCCUCUUUCACGACUACGACCACUUGACGUUGGUACGCAAAAAAGGUUCUUCGCGUAAGUAUUUCUUCUAACACCCGUUUCCGCACAAAAACCGUGAAGCGCACCGUCAACCCCACUUGGCAACUAGGCCAAGCCAGCUACGAUUUCUUCAUGUUUAAUAAACGGCAACUGCUAAACAUCGACCUUUUCGAUGAGGAUAUCGAUUCCGAUGAUAAACUAGGAAAAGUCAGAAUAGCUGUCGGAGACGCUGUGAUGCGAGGCAUUUUUCCUUAAGGCUACAGCUGGAGCAUCGUCAGCAUCGUCCCUGGCUUUUUUUCUAUUUGAAAAUGAAGGCAAGGAAGAGGAUGCUCCUCUUGGGGAUGCGACCACGGUAGCUCUAAUUUCCACUGUCCCUAGUACAGGAAAACGGGGAAACAGAGGGAGGCGAGAUUGAAAUCGGACUUGAGACUCAUAAGCUUGUUGAAGUCAACAGAUAUUCGGAACUGCCGGAGCCGAUGAUGAAUUUGCCACGUACUGAUGAAGAAAAAGUUACCUACUUACGCGUAAAAAUGUUGUGCUUGUUGUGGUGCUAGGAUCAAUGAAUUUUUUUUUUCAAUUUUUUCGCAGUGUCCUUGUUUUUGUUUAGCUUACUAAACGAUUUAGAUUUGCAACAUCAUCUAUUUUCAUUAACCACUACAGCUCCUUAUCCUACCGACCCGACUGGCGGAACCGCAGUAGGCAUGAUACAAAUCCGAUGCAGAGCGCUUCGGGGCGUCCCAAAGAAGUAUGAUAAGACAAAAACGACCGUCAGUUUCGAAGUACUAGAUGACCCUGCAUGCCUCAAAGAUGUGAAACAAUCCGGAGGAGGCCACGCAAAAACAGUACCAGCGCUAGUGAACGACGCGGUACCGCAUGAGAUGCAAGCGAUGAUAUUACGGCAAGCAUAACCAUCAAGUAAUUUAGUAAAUUACCGUCUCCUUUCCCUCUAGGGGAUGAUCGAUACAGAACAAGAAAUUUCAAUUUUCCCUUUUCUUCUAUUCUCAACAAGCAACGACUAGUACUUCCUUCCCACCGCGAAAUCUAAACUCCGAAAAUCUCUCCAUCGGAAACGAUCAUGUGCAUCCUAUGAGUGUGCAGAAUCUUGCCAGCUUCGCGCACUAUCCACCGGAAAUUAUAUUCGACAUACUGAAGCGAAAACCAAGUUUCGAUACCGUAUUCAAUUAUGGGUGCACCUUCCUCUUAGCCAAGCCAAGAGACGCGACAUUGAAGAUAAAAGUUUAUGUGGGUGGAAAGAAACGACCCUACGCCACAGGAGAAAUUAGUGCGGCGCAAUUGCUGUCGCCAGAAUACGCGAACCUUGUUCAACUGAAAAGAGGCGGCUCUGACUCGCAGGCAGGUGGCCUUGUUGGAGGCGCUGUUGCAGUAGCGAGUACAGCGGCGAAAAAAGUAGGAGGCGUAGUCGUCACCGCAAUUAGAGCGGGCGCACGUGUCGCAGGCGUUCUCAGUCCUCGAAGGCGGUCGGCGCCAGAAACUCCAGGGUCCGAGGCAGGAAAUUUACUGGUAUAAUUAGUGCCUGAUCAUGGAGGGCCUAAGUAGUUUCACUUUCACAAGAACUCUCCUGUUUUUUACAAAUUUUUUUCAAUAAAAGAUCAAGAACAUAACGUGGCCACUGUAUAGUUCUUUUUUAGAUAAUUGGAUUACUUGAUUCUUUUGUUUUUUUGUUUUUUCUAGUUAGAUAUGCUCCACCAACAAUAUAAGUAGAUAGUUAGGCGUGCUCCACCGAUAAUAUAAGUAGAUCAAGAACAUCUUCAUAAUUGUGGAAAAUACUCAGGGGCCACCAUCCAGCGCAACAACGUCAAAUCCGCCGUCUCCGAUAACGGUGGCGCCCUCACCUAUAGCAGCUGCAGCAGGUGCUGCGAAGGGAGCUGUGAGUGGAACCCUAUCAGAACUUGCGCACUUACCACAGAAGAUAGGGGGAGAAGACUCCUUAUCCAAGGCAUGGGACGAGAGACACAGCACUGUGGAUAUGCAAUUGGAAUUCACAAUGUACUAGCUUCACACGCCCCUGCUGUGUGCAUAUUACGCUGCGAUUUGUAUCGUCGUGCUGUUGAGCAUUUACUUAUUUCUUUUCGUCCGCAUCUUCGUGAGCAUACUUAUUUCUUUUCGUCCUAUUCAAACUCUCGCACUCUCACCCAGAAAAAAAAGGAUCAUUACCAUCUCAACAUCAACAUGAUUAGGUUUAAACUCGAAAAAGUGCAUGAUGCAGAAGAAUUGCGUGAAUUCUUUGAGGAAGAUAUCUCUGGUUCCAGUAGUACUUCUAGUGGAGACUCAGGCGAACGACAUGCACACCGUGGACUUGCAGGCUUGUUUGGCUUACGAGGGUUGCUGGGGCAAGGAGACGGCAAGCGAAGAGGGUCGAAAGAUGCGUCUGGUCAAGUUAAGGACGAUCUUCGUGGAACAACAACGAUAAGCACCGGCAGCUAGUAAGAAAGUAGUUGCUUAUCAUUAUAUAUAUCGAAAAUGUAUAUUUUUGACUCGUUUUUGCCUCUUCAUCUCUAACUUCAGCAAUUCAUCCGCUUCACCUGUUCCAGGAAACUCUGCGUCCAGCGCAACCGCCUUUUCCUACGUGGUGACGCCGUCAUCACCGUCGAAAUCAAAUGCUGUUUGAUGUUAGAGCUGUUGUCGGCUGUAUUAAUGUUACAAGUAUCUGCAAAGAAUGUAAAAAAAUAUUUCAUUGUAAUUGUGUUGAAGAUGAUCGUCAUCGUACCAGUUUUAAUCCUAUUGAUCAAUGGUACCUGCAUGUAUCAAUACAUAAUCCGCUUGGGAAAGGUCCUGAUGUUGUUGCUACUCUUUAGGUCAAUGAAUACUAGUUGUACAAAGGACACCCAUAGCACUUUGAAAUUAAUUCCUGCACAACUAGAAUGAUUGAUGUGAAAUACCACGUAUUCCCAGUUUAUCUUCAUCAUCUUCAUCUUUUUCUUUUCCGUAGACGUAGAAGUAGAUGCUAAUCUUAUCUCGUCGAUGCUAGUCUUUUCCCGUUUUAUCGCAAGAGCUCGAACAGGUCGUGGACAAUCAUGAACAAUUGGCUAAGGAAGACGUAGACGUCGCAAAAAAUUUAGUGACACCACAUCAAGAUAUGUGACGGGCUUUGGAAAGCCAUGAAAAGAAGAGAGACAAACAUCGUAUUAUAGAAACCGUUUCGAAGAAGCCAUGUACGACGGCCCUGUAAAGGUCCAGAAUAUAUUUGGAUAUAUCUAUUAAGACCCGCAAAGUCACAAUCACAGAGACUUUGAACUUCAUUUGACG